AUGGCGCCCGACGAAAGCAAAAAAGUCACCGUCAACGGCACAACCUCCGCCUUCAACCCCACCACCCAAGACCAAAUCACCAUGGCCCUCCUCCAAAACGGCGGCAUAAAACGCAUCCAACAAUCUUUCCAAGAACGUCUCGACGAAGCAGGCUGGUCGCAAGCCGUGCGCGACUACGUUGACAGACUCUUCAGAAGCGGCGACGCGCAGAGUUACGAUGAAGCUAUGAAAAUGGUUAUGGCGCGGGUACAUUUCUCUGAGGAGGGGAAGAACGGGAGUGUGGCUACUGUGGAUUUGACGAUUCCGAAGGAUGCGGCUAAGGAUGCGGCGGUUGUGGUUAAGAGGGAACUUGGGAAGGUGGUUAAGAUGGAGGGGAAUAAGUGA